AUGGCUGUGCUGUCGACACUUUUUCUUUUAUUUAUAGGCCUUCCUGUCGCGAUUGGUGCUUAUUCCUUUACAAAAGAAGCAGCCUUGCGGAACGAACUGUUUGUAACCAACAGCUAUAAUAAGUUAGCAAGGCCGGAAACGGGUGUGACAAUAACCAUGCAACUGAAUCUGCUGACUCUAAAGGAACUGAAUAUCCGUGACCAAUAUCUGACUGUGGUAGGAUACUUUGUCAUGAGAUGGGAUGAGACUAGCAGGUUAAAAUGGAGUACUAAUCCGACAUAUAGCAGCGACAUCCAAAACAUAUUUUGUACGGAAAAUGAAAUAUGGGUACCACCUCUGAUGAUUGAAAACUCGGUAGACAACGUCGGUGUUAUUAGUGACAACACAGUCCGAAUACGUGUGGCUGCCAAUGGAAAGGUUACUUGGUCUCCUGCAGAUAUGUUCACUACUAGUUGUGUUACAGACGUCACUUAUUAUCCAUUUGAUACCCAAACAUGUGAUAUCAUUGUGACGUCUUGGGGAUAUACUAAAGCUGAAAUGCAAUUUCAAGUGGAUAGUUAUGUUCCUUUAGGAGUGUCAAAUUAUCAGGAGAAUGGCGAAUGGAAAUAUAUAGGCUAUACUGUUACCAAUGGGGUAGAAAAUCGCGAGGCUGUAAAGUUUUUCCAAAUAAUUUACAGCCUUACUUUCAAACGACGAUCUGAGUUUCAUAUAUUAAACAGCAUUGCGCCAAUGGUUUCUAUUUCACUGCUUGCUUGUUUUGUUUUCAAACUUUCGGCGGAUGCAGGAGAAAAGGUUGGAUUUAGCCUGACUAUCUUACUGACGUCUGCUGUAUAUUUGACUCUGGUCUCCGAUAGCAUACCAACAACUUCAUUGACGACUCCAUAUCUCACCACCUAUCUUAUCUCUCUUCUGGGCAUGGAAAUAGUUUCAGUCAUAUUAACUGUUAUGAUUCUGGAUUGUUAUCACACAGAUGGCAGCACUGAGAUACCAAAAUAUCUCAGAUUGUUCAUGGAGAAGAUAAUAUCCAGACUGAUAUGUUGGAAAUGUAAAUCUGGUUGUAGUUUAAAGCAAUCAAAGAACGGGAACAGUGUAAUGGAUAUAUCUGAGUUAAAGUGUGAUAAAGAAAUUGACUGUUAUAGCGUUGACAACAAUGAGGAAUUGUCUUGGCAAAACAUUGCAAAAAUGCUCGACAUUUUUUGUUUCCGACUGUACUUAAUUGCUUUCAUUGUCAUCACAGUACUAUUCAUACUCAAGAUGUUGAUUUAAAAGGCUCUGUUUUACACCGGUUUAUGAGGAUAAAAACACUCCAAUAACAUGCAUUGAAAAAAAAUCUUCAAACAUAUCAGGCCUACUUUUUAAAUCAAUUAGACGCGUUAAAGUUAUUCAAAACUCAUCAGAGGCGCUCCAAUUAAAACAGGAGGAGGAACAAGUCAAUUAAAGAUAUGAAGAGAAUGUCAAACAAGAAACUUCAAAAGGCUGUUAUUUUAGUAAUAAGAUUACUUCAAGUCUUCGUUUUAAUUUAAGAAGUUAAAAUACUUCUUACAAUGAAGUUAUUUGAAAUAAGACAUGUUUAUGUUACGCAUUUAUAUUGAUUAUAAAUUUCUUAUAUGAAAUUCUCUCGUGAUAUCCAUAGUGAUAUAUCUAUUGCCUUAACCUUAACGACUCCUUAACCACAAAGUCUAGUCAAAAUAAGCGAAGCUAUCACUGGUCAUCCAUAAAACGUCAAAAUAAAAAUACUACUUCAGGAAA